AUGUGGUCUGACGAGUCAGACCGGCCUCACAACUCGUAUUACGGGACCAGCCGCGAGGCAUCGUCCUCGUCCUCGACCUCGACCAUUCCCCCCCUCGCACAUUUGUCCUUCCUCCACUCAGCCGACACCCAGUCCCAGGCCGACGACAUGUCCGAUGACCAUGACAUGGACGACGGCGGUGCGCCCGUUCAUUACGGAGACAUCGCCAACAUCCUGACCCAAGGCAUGGACGUCGAUUACGACUCCGAACAUGACGACGACAUCAGUGUCUCUCACCCUGCGCUGGCAGGCCUCCCCUCCCCUCCCCCUCUGAUGAACGCAGUGCCUCACUACGGUACCUUCCAAGCCCAGUACGCGCUGCAGUAUCCGGCUUCCAUGCUGAAUACCCAUCCUGCUGCCGCCAUGCAACAACCACCACAACCUCCCCAGGGUCCGCCUGAAGAUGGCCACGAAGCGAACAACGAUAUCGCGCACCAUGUUCCUCUGCACCACACCCAGACAACGCACACAAACUUCAUGAACAACCCGAAUACGGUCGCACUCGGCCCUGAAAACUACAAUCUUGCCGAUUUCAUCCGUGUCUGGGCCUGGCAGAAUGGGGUAUGGCAGGGCGUCUCGCGGGAACGUGGGCGAUAUCCUUGGCUGGACAGGAUAAGUCCCCAAAUAUCCAAAGAUCUCUCACGAAUAGAAUACCAAGAUCUUGAAGGAGACAGCUGCGACGUCCAGGGAAUGAACUGGGAUGACUUGGGUGUUACAAGAAGCGAGGCUCGGGAACGGCGAUUACUCACGUAUAAGAACUAUGUCAACAUACCACGUUCUGACCGAUGGCAGGAGCACCACGACGCUCUGCCAUGCACCGAAAACUAUUUCAGGUUUCAACGCCUGAAUGUCCGGAAAAACGUGAACUUGACUCACUUCCAGCUUCGCAAUGUGCUAGCAUCGACCUCAAGAAGCCAGGUUUUCUACCCUGGUCAAAUGGCGGUUCACCAGUUUAAUCCUAUCUCCGGCAAGGGCAAAAUUGCCAUGAAGGCUCAAGAAACGCCACAUUUACAGGUGUCGACCCUCGCCGCAGAAUACGGUACGCUGGUAGCGGGCGGAUUCUUUGGCGAAUACUGCUUCCGUCGACUGGACUCGGAUGAAGAGGAUGGCAGCGGACAGGUCCAGGAGGGAACUAUCACAAACGACAAUAGCGGCAUCACGAAUCAUGUGCAGCUUCACUUGUCCAGGAAUUCGUCAAGUCCAAAGGCUGCCUUCGCAUCGAAUGACAAAGGCUUCCGCGUUCUUGAUGUCGAGACCGACAAAUUUAUCUCGGACAUGACCUUCCCACAACCCAUCAACUGCUCUGCCAUUUCCCCGGAUUGUCGGUUGCGGGUCAUGGUCGGUGAUCAGCAGCAGGUGUUCAUCACAAAAGCAGAGGCCGAUGGUCAACCUGAAAUACUACAGUGUCUCGAGGGCCACGAGGAUUUCGGUUUCGCUUGCGACUGGGCAGAUGAUGGCUGGACCGUUGCAACUGGCUUCCAGGACAAAUCCAUCAAAAUCUGGGACGCCCGCCGUUGGACCAAUAGCCGGGGAGUCGCCACCCCGGUCUGUACACUUCGAUCUGAAAUGGCUGGUGUUCGAGCACUGAAGUUCUCACCCGUCGGCUCUGGGAAGCGCGUGCUGGUGGCGGCAGAAGAAGCAGACUUUGUCAACAUCAUCGAUGCGCAGACCUUCCAGGCGAAGCAGACGUUUGACUUUUUUGGCGAGAUCGGCGGUGUCUCCUUCGUUAACGAGGGCCAGGACCUCCACGUUCUCUGCUGCGAUCGUGUCAGGGGCGGGCUCUUCCAGCUCCAACGAUGUGGAGUGGGCGCUGAGAGAAAUUACGACGUUGAUGAUCUGAGGCACAGGCCAUAUGACCGGUGGUGGAAGAACACCACUUACGAUUGGCACAAAUUCAAAACCACACCCAGGCAAAUAAAACGGCACUCUGACAGUCGAAGGAGGCGCCGUGCCCUGGCUCUAGAGCCCUUGACUCCUUUCUAA